AUGCGUGAGGUCGCCACCAGGGCUCGUAGUGCGUCGCAAGCACCACCUCGGGUCAGCGACAGGAGGUUGGGGCUCAAGGGUCUCAUUAAGCACAGAGUUAAAGUGACGGACAGAGUGCUGGUCAGCGAUCGCCGUAUCGACUGUGCCGCAGUGAAUGAAGAAAUUGAAAGGGUAUCCUCCACGCAAGGCGAGGAGCAGGACGAGGAGGCGGCGGAGGCUGCGGCGCGCGCCGUGAUGGACGCCAUGGAGAUGGCGCGUGGCAAGGGGCUGCUGCCCUCGCCCACCGAGCUCCACCUGGACACGGCCAAGCCGUGCGCCACUCUGCCGCCGCUGCGCUGGCACCACUGGGGACACCAGCCCUACAAGAUGAGGCUCACUAACACCGGCUGCACAGUGAUGGUGAGUGCUAAGUGGCGAGCGAAGGUGCGGGCGCAUUUGACCGGCGGCCCCCUGCUGGGCCGCUACGUGUUCUCCCAGCUGCACUUCCACUGGGGACAGCAGGACACCGAGGGCAGCGAGCACACGCUGCAGGGCGACAGUUUCCCGCUUGAGAUGCAUAUGGUGCUCUUCAAGAGUCGCUACCUCACCCAGGAGGCCGCUCUCAAGGAGAUGGACGGAGUUGUCGAAGUUGCCUACUUCUUUCAGCUGGCCAAGAAGGACAACCCGCACCUGGAGCCGAUGAUACAAGCACUGCCGAAGGUGGCGUGCGCAAUGAAGUCGACCCGCUUCGGGCCGCUACCGCUGGCUGAGCUGGUGCCGAGUUUUCCCACGGACUACCUCCUGUACAUGGGCUCGCUACUCACCGGCAAGUGUGCGCACGCACUUACCUGGAUCGUCCGCUACCAGCCCCUCUCCAUCUCCAAGCGACAGGUCAGCUGA